ACCACAAACUUACCUAUAUAAUCUUUUGAUUUCAUUCACUUGAUGUAUGUAUCUUGAUAUCUCUUCAAAGCAAGGCAUAUUGACUCACACAGCCUCAUGGAGCAAGCCAAAAUGCUCAGUGGAGGCCAUGAUCAUGCCCAAAAGUUCCUCCAAAUCAAGCAAGAGGACAAGUUCUUCUCAAGGCUCUUGUCCAAAGAGAGCUCAAAGGCUGAACCAUCAUUCAGAGUCCUCUACUAUGGUGGAGCCUCUGGUGCAGUACCAUUCAUGUGGGAGUCCCAACCAGGCACCCCUAAACACCCACUCUCUGACCCUUCUCUCCCUCCUCUCACCCCUCCACCCUCCUACCAAUCCAAUCCCAAAUCCAAGUCCAAGCAAAAGAUUUCAAAACCAAGUUUUCUAUCCAUCAUUUUCCCUAGAAUUACCACCAAGAAAAACCAUGUUUUGCCGGCAUUGUCUUCGUCUUCCUUCUCCACAUCAUGCUCAUCUGGCUCAUAUUCAUCGUCUUUUGCUCCGAUGAAUAAUCCAUUCAUUCAUCCACGUGUUUGUUUGUCGGAUCAAAGAUCCACCUUCCGAUUUGGAGUUGAUGAUGAUGAUCAUGGCGAUGGUGAUGCUAGAUCUCCUAACUCAACUUUGUGCUUUGGUGUUGUUUUUAAGGAGUUUUGGGGAAGUCGGUCCAAAAUGAACGUGAAGUAGUCAUUGUAAAAGGCAUGAGAUUCUCUAUUUUUAAGUAUCUCUAAUUUCAUGUCUCAAAGUAUUCGUUGUCCAUAGUAAGGGUAUUAAUUUCAUGA